CUCCACUACAUUGGUGAUCAGUGGGAAGAAUGUCCCUUACAUUGGAGGUCAGUGGGAAAAACGUCCCUCACAUUGGUGAUCAGUGGGAAGAAUGUCCCUUACAUUGGUGGUCAGUGGGAAGAAUGUCCCUUACAUUGGAGGUCAGUGGGAAAUGAAUGUCCCCCUUACAUUGGGGGUCAGUGGGAAGAAUGUCCCUUACAUUGGAGGUCAGUGGGAAGAAUGUCCCUUACAUUGGAGGUGGUCAGUGGGGAAGAAUGUCCCUUACAUUGGAGUGGUCAGUGGGAAGAAUGUCCCUUACAUUGGUAGUCAGUGGGAAGAAUGUCCCUUACAUUGGGGUCAGUGGGAAGAAUGUCCCUUACAUUGGGGGUAAGUGGGAAGAAUGUCUCCUUACAUUGGGGGUCAGUGAGAAGAAUGUCCCUUACAUUGGGGGUAAGUGGGAAGAAUGCUCCUUACAUUGGGGGUCAGUGGGAAGAAUGCUGCUUACAUUGGUGAUCAGUGGGGAGAAUGGCCCUUACAUUGGAGGUCAG